AUGCUCUUGUUGGCUUUGAGCGAUGCACACAUUCCAGAACGCGCAAUAGACCUUCCGCACAAAUUCAAAAAACUCAUAGGUGUACCGAACAAGAUAGAGCAAGUAGUUCUUUUGGGGAACUGCACGAAAAGCCUUGAGUUUUUGAAAUUUGUGGAGCACAUUUCGUCGAACGUAGUGGUUGUGAGAGGCGAAUUCGACACCAAAAGCUUGCCCUCAACCAAAAACACACGCGAAGAGAUCCCGUUAAGCACGAUUAUCAAGCAGGGAGACUUCACAAUUGGAUGCUGCAAUGGAUAUACGGUUGUGCCCAAAAGCGAUCCGCUGGCUUUGCUUACUUUGGCGCGCCAAUUGGACGUAGACAUUGUUCUGUGGGGCGGAAGCCACAAUGUCGAGGCCUACACCUUGGAGGGCAAGUUUUUCAUAAAUCCCGGCACUUGCACGGGCGCUUUCAGUACCGACUGGCCACCUUUGCAGGAGCCUGAAUCCGAAACUGAGAAAACUGAGAAAACUGACACGGAACCAGCAGAAGUCGCAAACGAAGCUGAAAUCAACUCCGACGACAACGACGACGACGACGACGACGACGACGAAGCAGAUACCCAAAGUGUGUCCAGUUUCUGUCUUCUGGACAUUCAGGGCUCCACAUGCACGCUCUACAUCUACACACUUGUUGAUGGCGAAGUGAAAGUCGAUAAAAUCGUCUACAAUAAGAGUUGA